CCCCACGCCUCCCCCCGGCGCCAGCCGCCCCCUCUUCCUCCUGCAGCCCGCCUCGGGGGGCUGCGGGGGGCCCUGGGUGGGCGCACGGCCCCACGGUGCGGAUUUUUCCAUGGACACCGGGCCGGGCCGGCCCGCCGAGCCCAAAGAUGAGCGCCUGGGCUACCAAAGCGCCCAGCCCGGCUCGCCCCCCGGGGGGGGGGAGCCCAAUCCCUCGGCUCUGCCGGCGGACGGGCACUACCCAGCGGCUCUGGCCAAACCCGAGCCCCCUCCGGGCUGUCUGUGCCCCGCCGCGGGCUGCGAUGGGUGCCCGGGGGUACCCAACCCCUUCGAGCCCACCCUGGGCGUGGCCGGGGGGCGUUUUCCGUGCCCCCCCAGCACCCACACCAAGCUGAAGAAGACGUGGCUGACGCGGCACUCGGAGCAGUCGCUGCCUCGCUCCAAAGCCCCGCGGCGGGAUGGGGGUCCCGAGCCCCCCGGGGAGGGCAAGCGCUCGGCCAAACGCCCCCACGGCACCGCCGAUGGUCCCCGAGCUGCGGGCGAGGGAGCCGGGGCGGCCAAGAGGGGCACCAAGGGCAGCGUGUGCCCGGGUGGAGGCGCGGAAAAGGCGGGGGACCCCGAGGAGAGGAGGAUGGAGCUGGGAGCCGGAGGUCGCUCCAAGCCCCGUCCAACCCGGCCUUGGGCACUUCCAGUCCCUCCCAGCUGGGCUCCGCGGUGUCCCCAAGCAUUUCCCGUGUCCCCAGAGCCGCCGAGCCGUGCGGGGGAGCCGUGGUGCCUGCAGAGCCUGCCCUGCACGGCGCUGCCCCCCAGCAUCCCCCGCUGCCGUGCCUGCGCCCCCCGCGCCGGGGGCUGUGCCUGCGCCCCCCGCGCCGGGGGGGACCCCGAGGCCGAGGAGGAUGAGGAGGAGCCCCCCGAGAGCACCUGCAGGCUGCUGCACUUCCGCAGGACGGCGUGGGCGACCCUGACCGCGUUCUCUCCUGGAGCAGAGAGAGCCGAGGAGGCGCCGCCGUCCCCGGGGCAGCCCCCGGCGCGGGGGGGGCCCGUGCAGACCACCACCCUGUGCGAGCUGCUGGCCUCCACCGCCGUGAAGCUGUGCCUGGGGCAGGACGGGGUGCGCAUGGCCUUCGCCCCCGUGGCGCCCGCGCUGCCCAGCGAUAAUCGCCUGACCAGCAUCCUGGACAGCAUCAUCGCCCGCGUGGUGGAGAAGAAGAUCCAGGAGAGGCAGGCGGGGGGCGAGCUGAGCCCCCCCAGCUCCCCCCGCGUCCCACUGCGUGCUGGCCCCCAGCGGGCUGCUCUGGCUGCACGACCCCGGCCACGCCAGCAGCUACAAACUGUUCCAGGAGCACUGGCGGCAGGGCCAGCAUCCCCGGAGCAGGAGCGGGGCAGCGGGGACCUGCUGAAGCUGGAGAGUGGCUUUGGGGACACGGAGCUGAGCCGGUAG